GAAAGCCAUUGCAAUGAUACUAAUACUACAAAAAAUUAGAAAAUGUGAGUUGGAAACUUCGGUGUUUACGUAUUCAUGAAUUUAGGAAGAACUGUUAAUGUUUCAGAAAAUAUUUCUUGUGACCAACAAGAGUUUGUAUUAGUUGUACUUUCAGCUCCAUCUAAGAUGAAGUUCCGAGGAAAGAUGGUUGAGAUAAUCUGCAUCCAACAAUUUACAAAGGUUGUUGCAACUGUUGCCAAAGUAGCGAAAAUUGUGGCCUUACGGCUUUCUCCCUCACAUCUCUUUCUUGUACUGAAUGAACAGGUGGUUAAUGGUGGAACAAGCAUGUGGUGUUCAUUAUCUCAGGAUCACUUUUUUAAUGAAUACAAUAUGGAAGGUGUGUCAGCAGAAAACAAUGAGAUUUAUUUGGAACUGACUAUUGAAAACUUAUUAAGAGCCCUAAAAUCAGCACAUUCUGCAAAAUCUCUUAAGAUCAAGUUAACAAAGAAACGUGUGCCUUGUUUGACUAUAGAAGUGGAGUUGCCUUCCUUGGUGUCAGCAUCAAGAAUUGUUAUUCAUGAUGUUCCAGUAGCUGUAAUUCCUCGUAGACUUUGGGAUGAAUUCCAAGAACCUGAAAUGCCCGAUUUUGAUACUGUUUCUGCUAGUCGAGAAGGAGAAAUGACACUGACAGUUGAAACAGAUUUGGUCACAGUCAAAACCUAUUUUAAAGAUUUGGACAUGUCUGUAGAAGGUAAGAAUGUUCAAUCACAGUCCAAUUCAAGUGAUUGUCUACCUUGGGUGGAAGCAAGAGUAGAUAUACGCAAACUUAGUCAGUUCUUAGUUGGUCAGCAAGUAAAUCCUCUUCGAGUUAUAUGCAAUAUAGUACACAACAGGAUGAUUCAUUUUUUUCUGCUUCAUGAUGAUCUUUCAUUGCAGUACUUCUUACCAUGUAUAGCAUCGUGAAAACGAGCCUACAUAAGUAUACUUAGGAAUUGCUGAAAGAAUGUACUGUUUUGUUUCUUUGUGAUGGCAAGAAACAGAACAUUGUUCUAAAACUUUUCUCUGAGAAAAGAUCAUAAAAUAUUGUGGUUAUGGAAUGGAGAAAUUGAACUGGUGCUGUAAUCUCUAGUGUUGCAUUUCUUAGAUUACCAGAGAUACUGAAAGUGAUAGAAUUUUCUUACCAUAUUGCAUCUGAAUCAAUCACAACAUACUUAUUUUUAUUAUCAUUUGCAUGAAAGUGUAUUUUGAUUAAAUAUUAAUUACUUAAUUAUUUAUUCCACUGCAUAUUGUUUCUUUACAUUAUGUAAAAUAAUGCAUAUCUGAACUAAAGAAAAUUUUUUACUGCCUGUUCUGUAAGUCUGUGUAAUAGAAAGCUUCAAGGGUUUCCAAUUUGUGACUAAGUGUGGAACUAAAUAAGGGUUUGUCAUGUUGAUGAGGUUUCAAGAUUUAUGUUAAUUGAAUUAUUUAAGUUGUUUUAAUAGAGAAGCUUAUUAUUAGAUAAAAAUAGUUGUAAAUAUAGAACAUUCAAACAUUUUAGCUUUUGUGUACAGUUAAUACUACUCAAAACAUCAUUUGUGCAUAGAUUUUACAAAGGUUUUAUGUAUUCAGCCUUUCAUUUUCUUACUUAAUGUGGAAUGCUUUAAACCAACAUAAUUAGUCAUUUUAAUGGAAUAAAAAAAUUAUAAUCCCAGAGUUUCUGAUUUCCUUGAUCAAGAAAUAGUCAUGUAUUGUGGGUUUUAUAUGAUUGACAAAUUCAUGUGGUAUUUUUUCUGAAAUACACCAUUUACCAGUAAUUUACAGAGGAAGUUUUAUUUUAGAAAGAAUUAAAAUGAUGAAUUAACAUAUGUAUUUUUUUAAUGUAACCAAGAGUUUCAGUGAACCAAUAAAAUCAUACAACAAGUUUCUAAUUUA